AAAUUUUAAUCAAAAUUCAGCUUGGAUGGAUAUCAUAAUGGAGAUCUCAUCAGACUCAAAGAGCCAGAAGAAGAAAGGGACUAGGAAGGACAAAAUUGUCUUAAUAAAAGAAGUCUUGUUCAACAGAAAGACCAAAAUGGUUAAAGCUCAUAUAUGAAUGCAAGAAGGGAAUAAAAGAAGUAGGUACUACAACGUAUGGCUCGAACUUCAUAUUCAAGUGUUCAUCAGGACUAUCCCUGCUGUAGCAUAUGACUACUUCCAGACUCAUGCAUGGGAGAUCUUCAAGACCCACUUUAUUAAGGAAUUCAGAGACAAAGUUGGCUGGCUGAUGAAGAAGCAAGGAAGAGAUUUUGAAGAAUUCCCUUUUUGUAGCAAGUCAAUUCAUAGACAUGAACUUGAGGAAUUGAAAGUAAGAAAUUAUGGAGAAGUAGUCAGAGCAGUCAAGAAAUUAGCAGCAUCAAGAGAGUUCCAUCCAUUGUCGGAGACAAACCCCAAAGGGUAUGGCAUUAGAAAGAUACUCUCAUGCUAUUCUAUUGACGGAAAAGAGAUUGAUAAUUUUGAAGGUCUUUCACCAACAGAGAUAUUUUUAAAAGUCAUAUUUUUCAAAAAGAAAACCGACAUCGAGUUUACCAAAAUCAUCAGAUCUGACAUAUUUUGGCAAGGCAUUGGAAGAGAUGCAUCAUAAUCUCCAAAACUGAAUGACCCAAAUUAAUUCGCACCAAGCAACAUCUAACCCCGCCUAUACUAAAAGACUAGUUAAAACUUAAAUUUCGCAAUAAUCGU